AUGGCUCCUGCAAUAGCUCAUGCUGUCCCUGUCCCCCCCUUCCCCUCCUUCAGGUGGGACAGCAUUAGUCUCAUCCCGUUGCUCUUCCUCCUCACAGGCACGCUGGCUAACAAAGUGAAGAGGAAGGACACGCUCGCUAUCAAGCUGGGGAACGUGACCACCCCGCAGGAGGAGAAGGUUGUCUUCCCUCGGAAGAGCAAGGAGGAGUGGAACGAAAUCCGGCACCAGAUUGGGACGACGCUGAUCAGGCGACUGAGUCAGAGACCGACAGCGGAAGAACUGGAGCAGAGGAACAUACUUCAACCGAAAAAUGAAGCUGACCGUCAAGCUGAGAAGCGAGAGAUCAAACGCCGGCUCACCAGAAAGCUUAGCCAAAGGCCCACGGUGGCAGAGCUGCAGGCCAGGAAGAUCCUGAGGUUUAACGAAUAUGUGGAAGUAACGGACGCUCAGGACUACGACCGGCGAGCAGAUAAGCCAUGGACAAAGCUAACGCCGGCUGACAAGGCUGCCAUCCGGAAGGAGCUGAAUGAGUUUAAGAGCUGUGAAAUGGAAGUCCAUGAGGACAGCAAGCAGUUCACGAGGUACCAUCGACCAUAAUCUUCCAAGAAGGGAGCAAGAGACCUGAGAGUCCUGGAAGUUCUCUGCGUCCCUCUCCUAGGCAAUACAGCGAGGGUGGAACCUCGGCUCUUCCAAGGUUUGCCUUCAAAAACAUAUCCAGAAAAAAAAAAAAGGGCUUUCGGCCAGGGAAGGGGGAAUAAUCCUGUCUGAAUGUAGCAUUUCACUGGAACAAACACGUCUUGAGUGCCAUCAGGCUGGAACUGAACACUAUACCUCGCGCUGCUCAGCGAUACGUCUCCGCUCCCUUUCUCAGCCCGGACCGGUCCAGUUCUCAGCUGUAUAGACUCCUUUCGGGGACAAGACUCCUUCCUUUCCUCCUCCUUUACCUAGAGGAAAAAGUAAGGGGGGUGAAAACAACAAAACAACAAAAAAAGGCAGCUCUAGUGUUGGAAAGCUGAGGAACGGCGAGUGGAUGUGCUCGGAAGCACGUGUGUAUAUUAGCUGUGUACAGAGAACCCCCCGCAGACGCUGACCUGGAAGACAACCGACACGCCGCUCGUUAAUUUUUUAAUUUUUUGGGGAGGGGAGGGGGGUUUCGCUUGCGUCUCUGUCACGUCCUUAAAUGUCCUGAAUCACUACUGACCAACGGUUUUGUUGUCCUGGAAGGGAAUUGUAUAGAUUAUUAACAUAUGCUGCAUCUUUUUGUAAAAAAAAAAAAAAGAAAAAAAAAAAAAAACAAACCCCAAAAACCCAGAACU